CUCGAACAUAUGUGUGAUAUUUAAGGUUAUUCGUGUUGUAAAUUGAGUUUUUGGUUUCAAUUGUUAACUUUUGUUUGUUUCAAGGAAGAAGUUUUGUUUUAAAUAUAUUCAAAAUGACCAACACUCGUUUCACGAUCAUCAAUGAUGAUAGGGAUCAGAUUCGGAUUUCUAAAUCCUUGAGAGAAAAAAUGGCUCGACAAAAACAACAAAAUUUAGCCAGUUCAACAAAUGCAGAUAUUCCGAACAAAACACCGGGAGAUGAGCUAAUCACACCAAUAACGAAUACAUUCACAACAGGUAGCAAUCAAUCCGGCAGCAUCUCAAAUUCAAAUAUCUAUCCUGAACUUCCUUCAUUGCCAAAACCAGAUGCUCAAGAAAAUGUCUACAAUCACAUGUUUGAAGAAUUUCCAAAACCCAUUAAUAAAUCACAGCAUCCACAUUCAAAUUUUUAUUCGGGAUUUGAUCCAAACUUUUUUUUACUCGAGCUUCGUAGUGAGUAUGAACGUAAAUUACAGAGUUAUCAAAUGAUGUGGCGAAAGAAUCUCGAAGAAAUGGACCGGUUAAACAAAGAUUUGAUGAAAAAAAAUCGCGAAUUAAUGGGGACUGAGAUGAAACGAAUUGAUGAUAGCGUAUUGAAAAAACAUUUUGAUGGACAAGCACUCAACAAAAGUGAUGAACCACGGCAACAGCCAUGUAAAGAAGUGGAAGAAAAAUUGAUUCGCUGUUUCGAAAUAAAUGGAAAAAAAUCUCUGCUUUGUAGCCAAUAUGUACGAGAAUUUUCUCAGUGUAUUGAUGAUGCUCGUUUAAAGUUGAUUCAACAGAAAUAAUUUCCCAUAUUAUUAUCAGAAUUAUUUAUCCUUAUUUUUGUUGAAAUGAUAACAUUUGAAACGAAUGUUUGA